AAGACAGGGGUUAAAAUGAAUGAAGAUCUGAAGGUUAAUUUGAGCUGGCUGCCUCAGGAUCAUGUAGAAGCCAGCUCUACAGAGAAUGCCUCAGCUGCAGGCUCCUCCCUGGUUCCUGCCAUAGACCCUGAGCCAGAGCUUUUGGUAAACCCCUGGGACAUUGUCUUGUGUACUUCAGGGACCCUUAUCUCCUGCGAAAAUGCCAUUGUGGUUCUGAUCAUUUUCCAUAAUCCCAGUCUUCGCGCCCCCAUGUUCCUCCUGAUAGGCAGCCUGGCGCUGGCAGAUCUCUUAGCAGGCAUUGGAUUGAUCAUCAAUUUUGUUUUUGCCUACCUUCUGCAGUCAGAAGCUACGAAACUGGUUACGAUUGGACUGAUUGUUGCCUCUUUCUCAGCAUCUGUUGGCAGCUUGCUGGCUAUCACUGUCGAUCGUUACCUCUCCCUGUAUUAUGCUCUGACUUACAAUUCAGAAAGGACUGUCACUUUUACCUAUGUCAUGCUUAUAUUGCUCUGGGGAGCAUCUAUCUGUAUUGGACUGCUGCCUGUAAUGGGCUGGAACUGCCUCAGAGAUGAAUCCACCUGCAGUGUUAUCAGACCACUCACUAAAAAUAAUGCAGCUGUCCUUUCGGUCUCUUUCUUGCUUAUGUUUGCCCUCAUGCUGCAGCUCUACAUUCAGAUCUGUAAAAUCGUGAUGCGCCAUGCCCAUCAGAUUGCCUUGCAACACCAUUUCCUGGCCACUUCCCACUAUGUGACCACCCGAAAAGGAGUGUCUACUUUGGCCAUUAUUUUGGGGACUUUUGCUGCUUGUUGGAUGCCUUUUACACUCUAUUCUUUAAUAGCAGAUUACACCUAUCCUUCUAUAUACACCUAUGCCACCCUCCUGCCAGCUACCUACAAUUCCAUCAUCAAUCCUGUAAUAUAUGCUUUUAGAAACCAGGAGAUACAGAAAGCACUUUGGCUCGUCUGUUGUGGUUGUAUUCCUUCUAACCUGUCUCAGAGGGCAAGAUCACCCAGUGAUGUCUGA